AUGGAACCUUCAAAAUCCCAUGCUAAAGAAGCAAUUGCUGGAAAAAAGAAAAAUAAACAAAGAGUUACAGUUCUUUUAUGUUCAAAUCUUUCAGGAACAAUUAAAAUAAAACCAUUAGUAAUUCAUUAUUAUAAAACACUUCCAGCUGUUCAUUGUAGUGAAGAAAGUUUAAAAUCAGAAAAUUUAUCAAAUAUUGCAUUACAACCAUUGCCUGCUAAUACUAAAACACAUUUACAACCAAUGGAUGCAGGUAUAAUUUGUUCUUUUAAAGCACAGUAUCGAAAACUUCUUGUAAAAUUUAAAAUAGAUCAAUUUAAUUUAACAUAUAAUACAAAUGAAAUACCGGAAGAAAUUAAUAUUAAACAUGCUAUAGAUUGGAUUGCAGAAGCAUGGAAUAAUAUCAGUUGUGAUACUAUUUUAAAUUGUUGGAAAAAAACAGAUAUUAUAGAAUCUUCACGAUUUUUAGAACUUGAUAUUCCAGAAACACCAUCUUCUAGUAGUACUAUUACUGGAGAAUUAAUUUCACAACAACAAUAUGAUAUUAAAGAAAUUCAAAAUCUGAUUAAUAAAUUACCUUAUAAUUAUAAAGAUAUUAUUGAUACAAAUGAUUAUAUUGAAAUUGAUGAUUCACUUCAAAUUCAAGAUAUUGAUAUAACAAAUGAAGAUAUUAUUGAUUUAAUUCAAUACAAACCAGAUAAAAAAAUUAAACCAAGAUUAGCCAUUCAAAGUAUUAUAGGUGUUAGUAAUCGCUUUUAA